UAAAGGCAAGAGCACACUAUACAGCCAAAUAUCUGGGUCUCAUCAGAACACUGAAUAUUACAAACUGUGUGAACUGGGGCAAAACCACCUAAAGUUCCAUAUGAUACACUCCUUAUGGAACCGGCAACUGUCCAAGAAGAAAUAGUGACUGUACGUAACACCCUCAGGAGAGGAGUAUUUCCACCAGCCAGCAACAUGCUAAAAAUGAAUUGGAGUGAAGAAGCUGCAAGAAACGCCAGAAUGUUGUCAAAAGAUUGUGAAUUGGUAGAGAGCAAUGCAGUUAAGAGGCGAAUUACAAAUAAUUUUUGUGGAGAAAAUAUGCAUCUGACAUCUUAUCCUAUCUCAUGGUCAAACGUAAUCAGAAUCUGGUACAGUGAGUCUAAAUAUUUCAAGUAUGGGGAAUGGGCCUCGACAGAUGAUGACAUGAUGAUUGAGCAUUACACUCAGGUUGUUUGGGCCACUUCUUACCUUAUUGGCUGCAGCAUAUCAUCAUGUCGUAAAGGAAUUCAGUAUCUCUACAUUUGUCACUAUUGUCACGAGGGCAAUGAUCCUGACAAAAAGAAUGUGCCUCAUAAUGAGGGAGCUCCAUGCGGAGACUGUCCAAAUAACUGUGAAGAUAAACUUUGUACGAACCCUUGCAUCUACUACGAUGAAUACAGUAAUUGUAAGACACAGACACGAGGUCCUGCCUGCAGCCACCUGUCAGUUCAACGACUCUGCAAAGCUAGUUGCCUGUGUCCCACUGAGAUAAAAUAG